ACAGAAGGCAUAGGUCCUGAAUUGUGCUGUAAAAGGAAGUGUUAGAGGACAACGCUAUCAUUCUUACAAUAGAUAUUCUUUGAGGAGGAAGCGUACGCUCGAGCAUCAUGAAACUUUUCGCUGCUUGCAUGUUAUCUGUGAUUGCCACUACCGUUGCACUGGCUCCGGUUUACCGAGUGGAUGAAGCGAACGACGGCAUCAGGGGACGCUUCGUUAUAAAGAUAAAGGAUGACGUCGAUGAUGUCGACGCAGUGGUCGAUAAGCUGGUCGACCUCCCUUCAUUCAAACUAUUCCAAGGAAAGAUCUAUCGCCGAUUCUAUUACGCAAUCAAGGGAUUCAGUGCGAGGCUUAGCGACGAACUCGUUGAGAUCGUGAGAGGACUGGAUGCGGUUGAUUACAUUCACCAAGAAACUAUUUUCAAGACCCAGUCUGUAGCAUCGUGGGGUCUUGAUCGUAUUGAUCAAAGAGAUCUACCCCUCGAUGAUAUCUACACACCGGAUGGAGAUGGUAGUGGUGUUCACGUCUAUGUGAUCGAUACAGGAGUCAACACAAUCCAUGAGGAUCUAGAAGGUCGGGUAUUUGUCGGAUUUGAUGCCCGGGAGGACGACGAAACCAAAGAUAGUUAUGGUAUUGACUGCAACGGGCACGGCUCGCAUUGUUCCGGGACGGUUGCCGGGACCAAGUACGGAGUCGCUAAAGGUGCAACUAUCGUCGGAGUUCGUGCCUUGAGUUGCGUUGGAUUCGGUAUACUCACUGACAUCACAUCAGCUUAUGAUUACGUCACAAAGAACGCCAUCCACCCAGCAGUGGCUUCAAUGUCUUUGGGUGGAGCUAAGAACCCGUUUGUUGACCGGGCUACUCAAGGCAUGAUCGAUUCGGGCGUGAUUGUUAGUGUGGCCGCUGGAAAUAGCGAUGCAGACGCAUGCACCUUCUCUCCCGCCAAUGUCCCGGAUGCCAUCACGGUAGGUGCCUCCGAUAGCAGUGACACGAGAGCCUACUUCUCAAACUACGGAGAGUGCGUUGACCUUUUCGCUCCGGGUGUUGAAAUUACCAGUAUCUGGCAUAGCUCCAGGACAGAAACCUAUGUAGCCAGCGGGACCUCAAUGGCGUGCCCUCAUGUAUCAGGAGCCGCUGCUCUUGUCCUCGGCAAGAACCCAACAUUCACCUCCGCACACGUGACCGCUGCAAUCGUAAAUGGCUGCAGCGAUGAUAAGCUAGGCGACCCCAAGGGCUCCCCCAAUCGUCUGCUUUACGUUGGAUAGGAAUUACUGUUACCGCUCUGAAAUCAGGUUUAAUCUUAUCUCCGGUCUGAAAAUUUGGUUUAACUAUGGAAAGCCACUUGUGAAACGAAUCUCUUGCAAUAGAUAUUUAAUUUAUCAGCUCAUUUGACACCCAAAUAAUUCAUUAUUUUCUGGGUCGUUAAAUGAAACAGAUGUCUGGCGGAUCCAGGGGGGGGGGGGGGGGCGGCCCGUGCACCCCCCCCCCCCCUCUUGAGAGGCACAAUAAAGUAAAUAAUGUAAAAAUGCCGUUGAUACAGAAGUGUGACCCCCCUUGAAAAUGAAGAACUUUUUACAGAACUGCACCAUUAAGGAAUGAGGAGAGACCACAAUAAACAUAACAAACAUACAAUGUAAACUAAAUGUUGAAAUCUUUGGCUUUCCAUAAUUCAAACAUAGAGAUCGUCCAUGGUCUAAUUUAAAGCGGACAUCAGAAUAAGAUAUUCAGAGUAGAGUACCUCUGAGUAUACAAAACGGCUAAUGAUUUCAAAUAUGUUAUGGUCCGCUGUCACGCGAAAUAUCUUUCCUAAUUCAAUAAUCAUGCGCUUGUUAUCCAUUCUAUAUACAUGGUGGAAGUAACAACAUGUAAAAUGGGAGCUGGAGCUUACUCUAAAAUAAUCUUUAAUAGAGGUUCUCGACCUCAAUAAAAAGUUAGUGAGCCAUUGGUCUUAUUUUAA